AUGGGUAACAAGGCUGACAGCAAUCAGGCGGGGGCCGGCGGCGGUGAGUGCGGCGGGGCGGGGCCGGACCCGGUUCUAAACCCGGGUUCCGGCUGGGGAGUCUGGUUCUCGUGGUGGUGGCGGGACCUGUCCCCAGUCUGUUGUGUCUUGCAGGAGCCAGCGGAGGAGACCUGCCCCUGCCCGUGCAGCGCCAGCUGGAGGAGCUUGGUGAAGCAAGGCCAUAAGGAGGAUGAGGCAAACGUAGCUUCGGUGUGGUUCAGCGGAAGGCUCCAUAUCCGAGUGUGGCGUCCCAUCCCUGCAGGUGCUGAGUUGUUGUACUGGCCUAAAGAGGCCCAUGAUGGCCCUACCGAGGGGGAGGGAAGAAGGCUGCCAAGUGCCUCUGACACAAUAGCUGUUCCUGAGGAAGAGGAGAAUCCCAAUGGGGAGCUGGCAGCAGCAGCAGUGACAGAGACAGGAACUCCAAUGGUGGAGACUGUGGUUCAAAGGGAAGGGGCCUCCCCUGCUGGUAAAGCAGCAGAACCUUUCUCAGGUUGCUCUGAUAUUUCCAAAGUGAUGGACAAAGAAACCAGAGCCCAGGAUGUCCCUACUGAUGAAGGCAAGAAGCAGCCAGCCAAAUGUUCCCACAGGCUGCAAGGCAAUAACCUGGAGGAGGAGAUCAUGACUCCUACAAAUGAGCUCUCGGAGACUGCAAUCCUGAGGAAAGAGAACCAGCACCCUGAGAGUACCUCAGCAGCUGAAGCUGAUAACAGAUGUAACAGGGGGGUGGUUGAGGGUGUGGAUCCCCUGACCGAGGCAGAGAAAGCAGAUGGGAAGCGAAGAGAGGCACAUUUGGGAAAGCUCCAACUGCCACUGCCUCCAUUGAAUGGAGUUCGACUCAGUGCUCGCUUGGCUGGGAAGCCACGCAAAAUUCACACGUUGACCGGCCAGUUCCGGAAGUGCCUGCAAGAAUGCAGUGCCAGGGUGUCUGGGCAGGAGGCCAACAGUUCAAUCAUUUAUGAGGGAGAAGAUGCUGUGGAGACCUGUAAGAAAGCUGGAAAGGUUUCCAAAGGCUGUUCCAAACUGGAGUCCUCGAAGCCCAGAAAGAAGGGCCUACCUGAUGCUUCAGAGGAGCAGAAUGAGUACCCCAAAGUAGAAAUCACUGUUGAGCUGGGGGAGGGGUCCUCUGGUAAGCUGGGUGUCUCCCAGCAGAAGUCCCAAAUUCAAAGUGAGCGCAAGUACCACUGUGGGGACUGUGGCAAGGCCUUUCUUCAGCUCUGUCAUCUCAAGAAACACAGGUUUGUCCACACCGGCUACAAGCCCUUCCUGUGCACAGAAUGUGGCAGGAGCUACAGCUCUGAGGAGAGCUUCAAGGCCCACGUGUUGUUCCAUCGGGGAGUGCGCCCCUUCCAGUGCAAGCAGUGCGAAAAGGCUUAUGGCACGAAGCGAGACCUGAGGGAACAUGAGGUGCUGCAUACAGGCAAGCGCCCCUUCACCUGUGAGGAGUGUGGUAAGACAUUUGCUCGCCGACCCUCCCUGCGCAUCCACAGGAAGAUCCACCUUGCCAAGGAGCUUGAUCCGGCCAGCCCCAAGGGGUGUGAGUGCGCCAUCUGCGAGCGCCGCCUGGCCAACCCUGGCUCCCUGCGCAAUCACAUGCGCCUGCACACUGGGGAGAAGCCUUUUGUCUGCCCCUACUGUGGCAGGGAUUUCCGGCAGCAGGGCAACCUGCGGGGGCAUCUGCGGCUGCACACUGGUGAGAAACCCUACAAGUGCCGCUUCUGCGGGGAUGCCUUCCCCCAGAUCCCAGAGCUGCGGCGGCACCUCAUCUCCCACACAGGGGAGGCCCACCUGUGCACGGUCUGCGGCAAGGCACUGAAGGACCCUCACACACUGCGGGCCCAUGAGCGCCUGCACACAGGUGAUCGCCCAUUCAAAUGCGAGCAGUGCGGCAAGGCCUACACGCUGGCCACCAAGCUGCGCCGGCACCAGAAGUCCCACCUGGAGGACAAGCCCUACAAGUGUGACAUCUGUGGUAUGGGCUACACCCUUCUACAGAGCCUUACACGCCACAAGAUCACCCAUCGGACAGCCAGGGACUCCAACAAGCUGAUGGAGGCUGUGGUCUCACUGGACAGGGACAUGCAAAAAGCUGCCAGGAAGAGGCCCAAGAGGAAGGCCCCUCAGGUGGGGGAUACAAAGGAGCCUACAAUGCUUGUGGUGCACUCGGCUUCCACAAGUGAGGCAGAGCUCCUGAUAACUGCCAACGGCCAUUGCAUUGCUACAUUUCCUCCCACAGGCAGCUCUCCAGAGCCCAUGGUGCUGGGCUCUGAGACCUCUGCAGGACAAGAACCAACAAACAAAGACAUCAUUGAGAUCACCAUCUCUGAGCAUGAGGACAAAUGUAUCAUUGUGCAAGACAAAGGCUCCCCAGGUGACUUGGUCAUCAUCCAGGAGAGUGUGGGCUUCAGUCAUGUGGCUGAGGUGGUGGAGGUGGAGACUGGGACCUGAUAGUCUCUCCCCACCCUUGCCUUGCCUAUUUAGCCUUACUGCAUCCAGACAGAACGUGUGUGUGUGUGUGUGUGUGUGUGUAUAUAGAUAUAGAUAUAUAAAAAAUCUAUUUUCCA